UAUCAGUUGCCCCUCGAGCCAUUCAGUCCUCUCAAAACUCUAUUUGCUAUCUUUCUUUCUUUCCCUGUCUUUUUUCUUCCAUCUGAUACAGAACCUGAGCUCGCGUCCUCUCCUCAAAAUUCACUAUAUAAUUUAAACGACACCAAUGACCAGUUUAACGACGAGCUUCACAGCUCGGAUGCUCACUACUCCCAAUCAACUUCCAAUACGACGACAUUUUCGAUUUCAAUUGAGAAAUAAUUCUUUUUUUCUUAAACCCUUAACAACUCGCAGAAAACCUAGAAUCAUUUGCAUGGCGGAGCCUUACUUGAUAACGAAGCUGGAAUCAGCAGAGAAAACGUGGAAAGAAUUAUCGGUCAAGCUGGCUGAUCCAGAUGUUGUCUCGAAUCCAACUGAAUACCAAAAGCUUGCACAAUCUGUGGCAGAGCUCGAUCAAGUUGUGUCAGUUUAUAGGAGAUUCAAGGAUUGUGAAAAGCAGUUAGAAGAAACUAAAGCUUUAGCAAAAGAGGAAGGAACUGAUGAGGAUAUGGCUGAGAUGAUAGCAUUGGAAAUUGAUUCUUUAUCCACUGAACUUAAAGGGCUGGAGGAAAAGCUUAAGGUACUACUACUACCUAGUGAUCCUCUUGAUGCAAGAAAUAUAAUGCUUGAAGUAAGGGCAGGAACUGGUGGUGAUGAGGCUGGACUCUGGGCUGGUGAUCUUGUUCGCAUGUAUGAGAAAUACUGUGAGCAGAACUCUUGGAAGUACGCUAUAGUUUCAUGUUCUGAGGCUGAAAAGGGUGGAUACAAAACCUAUGUGAUGGAGGUAAAAGGGAAUCGUGUUUACAGCAAAUUAAAAUAUGAAUCUGGUGUUCAUCGAGUUCAACGGGUUCCUCAGACAGAAACACAGGGACGUGUGCAUACUUCUACUGCAACUGUAGCCAUCAUGCCUGAGGCAGAUGAAGUUGAGGUGGUAAUUGAUCCAAAGGAUAUUGAACUUACAACAGCUAGGUCUGGAGGUGCUGGAGGGCAAAAUGUCAACAAGGUGGAAACGGCUGUUGAUCUUUUUCACAAACCAACGGGAAUCCGCAUAUUUUGUACUGAAGAAAGGACGCAACUCCAGAAUAAGACCCGUGCUCUCCAGCUUCUGCGGGCGAAGCUGUAUGAGAUGAAAGUGAGGGAGCAGCAAGAGUCAAUAAGGAAUCAACGAAAAUUACAGGUCGGAACAGGUGCUCGUGCAGAAAAGAUUCGAACAUACAAUUACAAGGACAAUAGAGUCACUGAUCACCGGUUAAAGAUGAACUUCGAGCUCACAUCUUUUCUUCAAGGUGAUAUAGAGAAUGCAGUGCAGGCAUGUGCUUCUACGGAGCAGAAGGAACUUCUGGAAGAACUUGCAGAGUCUGUGGGUGCACCAGCUGCCUGAUUAACAAAAUGCUUUCUAUACUCAAAACGUUCUUGAGUUAGUGAACAAACCCCACCCCAAAAAUGCUGGAGAGCAAUGCGGCGGGGUAAAAAGAAUUGGCUGCCGCUGGGAUGUUUACCUUGUAAAUUUUUCAUGGCGAACAUAUCUUAACAUGGGUAAGCAUAGAGCAAAGUUGUUUAGGCAACUUUCUUUUUUCAAACGGAAAAAAAAAAUUGGGUCGAAGAUAGAAGUAUGUACCAUGCAAUGAUAUUGUCAUGUAACUAAAUUAUCACUGGGAAUGUAAUAUAAUUACAUCAUAACUUGCCUUAUUCAAAGAACAUUUAUUUGAGCAAA